AUGCACGACAUCGCCGAGCCUCCUGCUACCUACGCUGGGCCGCACAAGCCCGCCAGCUUGCCCGCUUCCACGUCUCUCCCCUCGCCCCCACUCACUCCGACUCGACACCUCGAGCGACCCGAUGACACGCGUUCAGUCUCGCACUCGCGCUUGCCGGUAUCACAACAGUCGAAAAGGGACAAGUGGGAUGGACGGAUUAAGGAGGCGAGCUGCCACAUCUCGCUGCUGAUUGCUGGCUGGGCAGACGCGAGCUCUGGGCCGUUGAUUCCGUACAUCCAAGCUCACUACCACAUCUCCUACACGGUCGUCUCGAUGCUCUUUGUCGGCCAGGCCGUUGGUUUCGCCGUCGCGGCUUUCGCAAAUUCCUUUCUGACGCAGAAGCUUGGCUUGGGCAGAGUCAUUGCUCUCGGCGCCGUCAUCCAAGCCUGCGCAUACACGCUCCUCAUCCCGGCUUUCCCCUUCCCAGUCUUCCCCGUCAUCUACGCCAUCUCCGGCUUUGGCAUGGCCUUGCAGGACGCUCAGUCGAACGUCUACAUUGCUACGCUGCCUGGUGCGGAGACGAAGCUCGGUUAUCUUCACGGAUCGUACGGCCUCGGCGCCGCCGUCGUCCCGCUCGCCGCAACAGCCUUCGCAUCCUCCGGCAUCCUCUUCUCCCGCUUCUACGCCAUCUCGCUCGGACUCGCCGCUCUCAACGCCGCCCUUCUCGUCUACGCCUUCCGCCUCAACUACAUCGUCGAUGUCAACGAGCCGACCGAAACGCUCGAGGCGCCUGGCGUUCCGCCCGUAACGGUUGUGGAGGGUCGGGAAGGGAUUGAACUGGUGGACCAGUCGAGACGAGACUCGACGGCCGCUACGUCCGUGUUGGAGAAAGCUGAAGAGCCGUCGGAGCUCGAAGCGGGCCAAGUGGAGGUACGGGAGCUGGAUACGAGGCUGCAGAAGCGCGCGAAGAAGAGCUUCAAGCGCGGCGUCAUGUGGCAGGCUUUGACGAAUCGAGCGACGCUUCUCACGGCUAUCUUCAUCCUCUUCUACGUCGGCGCCGAGGUCUCGAUGGGAGGAUGGAUCGUGACUUUCAUGAUCGACAAGCGCAACGGUGGACCCGAUGCCGGCUACACCGCAACCGGCUUCUGGUUCGGCCUCAUGCUCGGACGUGUGCUCCUCAACCCUAUCAACGUCCGGGUCGGCGAGAAGCGCGUCUUGUACGGGUACACGAUAAUGGCGCUGGCGCUCGAAUUCGCCGUUUGGUUCGCCGACUCGCUUGUUGGGAACGCCAUCGUCGUCGCCAUCAUUGGAGUGCUGAUUGGGCCGGUCUAUCCAGUCGCCAUCUCCGUCCUCACAAAGGUCAUCCCUCGUCGCCUGCACGCCACCUCGAUCGGUUUCUGCGCGUCGUUCGGCCAGAUCGGCGCCGCGGUCUGUCCGUUCGCGACGGGUGCACUGGCGGGUCGGUUCUCGCCUGCCGUCCUUCAGCCCGUCAUGAUCGUUCUCUUCGCGAUCAUGCUCGGUCUCUGGGUGGGCGUGCCGGGUCCAGCGCGGAAGAGGGAGUAG